AUGAGUGCCAUGAGGAUAGGAGCGCGCGCGUUUACUACGCAUUUGCUGUCAAAAGGCCAGGCCGGCAACAGUUUACUCAGCCAAAGAAAUAUAUCAACAACAAAUAUCAACAAUAUGAAAUUCGUCCAGUUCACUUACAACAAUGACCCAAAGCAAAUCCGAGCCGGAUAUUUAGAUGGGGACCGUGUUGUUGAUAUUAAUAAAAUUGAUUCCAAUGCCCCUCAGACUUUGUUGGGUUUGUUGAAUUCUGAACAUAUUGGCAAAAUUUUUGGCUACCCUUCUUCAAAGCCACAGAGUGUACCACUCUCAGAUGUCACACUAAAGGCUCCAAUCCACGGCAUGGACAAGAUCCUGUGCGUAGCCCUAAACUAUGCUGAUCACUGCAAAGAACAGAACUUACAAGAACCUAAGAUUCCGAUUAUCUUCAGCAAGUUCUCCAGCACAAUCAUUGGGCCAAAUGAAGCUGUGAAGAUUAGGACUCAUAUUUCAAAGAAAGUUGACUGGGAAGUGGAGCUGGCUGUGGUCAUCGGCAAGACUGCGUCGUCUGUAAAAGCUGCGGAUGCAUACAAAUACAUAUUCGGGUACACCGUCGCUCAGGACAUUAGCGGACGAGACUGGCAGAAAGAGUCCAAUGGAGGUCAAUUUCUGCUGGGAAAGUCUCAAGACACAUUCUGUCCUAUCGGGCCCUGUAUAGUAUCAGCAGAUGAGAUCGGCGACCCGCACACAUUGGAUAUCAAAUGUUCCGUGAACAAUGAAGAGAAACAAAACAGCAACACUUGCCAACUGAUCCAUAAGAUACCUGACGUCAUUGAAAGGAUCAGCUCCAUAAUGACGCUGCUGCCCGGAGACAUUAUCCUCACUGGUACUCCUGGAGGAGUGGGGAUGCACCGUAAGCCCCCACAAUAUCUCAAACCAGGCGACACAGUCACCAGUGAAAUUGGAAAAAUUGGAACAUUAGUUGUGUCAGUUGAGGAACAUAAUUAA